UUCGCCGGCUUCCUUGGAGGCGACUGGGAAUUCCAUGCGUCAUCGUCCUUGGACCUUUUUGGAAUGGUCCCUGUGUUCGGCUUCUGCCUGAGGUCUUGGAUCAAUUCCACGUUCUGGCGCAGAGGCGCCAUCUCCUCUGUUAUGGCCCCCAUCAGCUCCAUAAAGCCGCGACGGAUCUCCUCCUGCAGCGUCUUACUCAGGGUAUCUGCCAUGCUGCCUCUCCACGUCUCUUGUGCUUGCGCUAUGGCGACAUUUACUCCUGAGAGAAUCUCGGAGGGCAGUGCGUUGGAUUGGCCUGGCAAAUUCCAGCUGUCGUCUCCACGCCCCUCAGCGCCCUGUGUGUCACCGCCUUGCAUCUGUCCUUGGAGGUUACCUGGUGGAGGAGUCCUGCGGGUCAUUUUCUGUUUAGACCGCAAGUUAACAAUCGCCUAAACACUACCUAUAACGCUAACUCACUGAUCUUCAGCACAAAAACACUUAAUACGGCAAAACAAUAAUAAGGGGGAAAGGAACCACAACUACUACUAGGGCCAACUCCGCACAUUCCUGUCCAACGUCUAGAACUU